UUCUAUAGAUAAAAGUUUUUGCGGUAUUUAAACGUAAGCGUCUAACCUUGUUGCUGCGGCGCAGAAACCUCGCACGCGAACCGCGUGUUUCGCAAUUCAACCGCUAAACACAGCUCUUUCCAUGGACCAAAAGCGGAAGGAGAAAACAGCUCUGUUUUGGUUUGAGCCACUACACAAAAGCCAGACUCCCGCGGUGUUGCCAUUUUAUUCUCAACAUGGCUAGGUAAUAAAAAGUAGGCUGUAAUAAUACCAACAUAAGAAACUGGAAAGAAUCACUUUGUAGCACGAUCGUCUUUGUAGACUCCACGUGCGUGACAGUUGUGGUUAUGUUUCCUAGUGUACAGUAUAGCUGGUAUGAUUAUAUUAACAAUUUAUUACUGUAAGAGUACCAUAAAAAUUAAAUGAACCAUGUCAACUUGUAAAAUACAUAAUAUCAGAUUUUAUAAUCUUGAACCCCGGUCUGUUACUUGUAUAUCGUAUGAAUGUAAGACGAAAAAGCUAGCACUUGCAAGGAAUGAUAAUUCGAUUGAAGUUUGGAAUGUUGGAAAUGCUCCUUUUGUGGAGUACACAAUACCUGGUCAUGCGGCAAAUUCUAUAGAGAGCAUCCUUUGGAUUGGUCCAAGGUUGUUUUCUACUGGUCUUCAUGGCAUGAUAGCAGAAUAUGAUUUAACAAUGUUGACUAUUAAAAGUGAAGCAGCAGUAACUGGAGGUGCAGCUUGGUGUAUGGAUGUUAAUCGUAACAAAACAUCUUUAGCUGUUGGUACAGAAGAUGGAUAUAUCAAUACAUUUAUUGUUACUUCUGAUGCAUUAGUAUAUGAGAGGAUAUUUGAUAAACAAAAAGGUAGAAUCCUUUGUAUUAAAUGGGACAACACUGGGGAGAUGAUUUAUACAGGUUCAACUGAUACGAUUAGAGUUUGGAAUGCCAUAUCAGGUCAUGCGAUUCAUAAAAUGACAACUUCUAGAAAAGAAGCAAAGAAAGAAACCAUUAUUUGGUGUUUAGAAGUCACUGAUGAUAAUGUUAUAAUUUCUGGAGAUUCCAGAGGAUGUUUAUCAUUUUGGGAUCCUCAUAUGGGAACAUUAAUUGAAUCCCAUGAAAGUCAUACAGCCGAUAUAUUAGCUGUCACCUUGUCCCAUGAUAUGAAUACUGUCUAUUGUGCUGGCGUUGAUCCUGUAGUAAGAAGUUUUUGUAAAAUAAUCGUAAAAUCUAGUGGUAGACCACAGUGGGUAAAAGGUAUUGAAAGAAGAUUGCAUGCUCAUGAUGUAAGAGCUUUGGUAGAGGCAGAUGGAAAAUUAUAUUCAGCUGGCGUAGAUGGAUAUCUAGCCCAAUCGAGUUACCCGCCAAAAGUGUUAGUUAAAUAUCCACCAUUACUUCAGCCACCAUGUGCUGCUGUUUGUAGGAAAUCGAGAUGUAUUUUUUUAAGAUAUCCAAAUUAUCUUGAGUUGUGGAGACUCGGUUCAUCCACUAAACCACCUCCAGAAUCAAUUCGUCCUGGUAUGCUUCAUCAGUUAGAAGAAGAACCCAUAAAAUUGUUGCAAUUGAAAACGAAAAGGGACGAAAAUAUUAUCUCGUGCGCAAUUAACAAAGACUCGAAGACAAUCGUUUAUUCAACGGACAGCCACCUUAGAGUUUUUAAUUUUGAUGUGGUUGAAGGUGACAGACAGUUAUCAAGGAACGGCACUGACAUUCCUGCUACUAGGAUACAAAAAAUGUUAUUUAGUCCGAAUGGAAAAUUAUUUGUAACAAUAAAUAACGAUGGAAGAAAAAACGCUGUGACGUUAUAUAAUGUUGAAAAAAAGCAUUUAAGGCAUCUUGGUUAUUUUCACACGAACAGGGAAACCAUUAUAAAUGUUGGUCUUGUAUGUUUUUCUCCUGAUAGCAAAUUUUUAGUUUGCGCCGAUCGUAAAGGUAGCAUUGCAGUCUAUAAUAUUAGCGAGAUCACAAGUUCUGAUUCACCUGCGGCAUGGUUGUUGCCCAAAUACAGUUGCCCACCGACAGCCAUGGCCAUCCAGAAAGAUACUUUAAAUUUAGUAAUUGUAUAUUCAGAUCACAAGAUCGUUGAGUACAACAUUUUGCAAAGACAGUACACUAAGUUUUCGAACAAUUUGCAAAAUAAAUUACCGAAGCAGUGGUUGGUUCGGUCUUUUCCCAUAACGAACAUAAUCUUCGAUCCGCGCAACGAGAACAUUAUAAUAAUGCACGAUGACUCGAACGUUUACGUAAUCGACAAAUCGAACGAAUUUUCGGAAAAAAAUGCAAAAAUUCUGAAGCGCGAAAACGGCGACUUUGCAGACGACAGUAGUAACUUCGCCUUAAGUUCGCAGUCUCAACAAGCUUUUCAAGUUCUCAAAAAGUAUAAGCACCUUGUGUACUUGGAUUGGUUGAACGACGAAGAAUUGGUCGCAGUCGAAGUGAACCCUACGUCUCUGACGGAGAAGUUACCACCGACUCUCAAACAGAAGUGGUUUGGAAUGUAAAUAUACCGUGACAAAGAAAAUGAAAUCGCAUUUUUUAGCGGGAUAUUGUACGCGAAGCCAUGAUCAUGUCUCAUGGGCAAUACAUUCUACUUUGGAAAUUUCGGAUCAUAAUUUCCACAACGCGUUAUCGCGAUUCUGCUGUUUAUAGCUAAGCCAGAUUAUUUUUCAAUACAUUUGUUACCGUGUACAAUGAUUGUGUAAAAAAUAAAUAUUUCACAACAGA